ACUAGAUGUGCAGGGGCUGAAAUGCCUUGGUUUCUUCCAGCCACCCCUCUUCUACGUCCCAUUCACCCUGUGGCAUGACUGCUCCACAUCUUCUGCCCAUCUGCUGUACAGGUCCUGGUGUGCUGCUGGCUCUUUAGCUUGUGUACUGUGUCUCACUUUUUGACUUGCUUUGGGAAGCACAAAAUGUGUCCUGUCAUCUGUUGCUUCUUCAGGUGCCGUCUGCCUGGUGGGGAACUCUGUCUGGGGGUUGGCUCUCCCCCACACCAGGUAGCCUUGUGCUGCUCCUGCCCUGGCAGCAUAUGUCAAAAAAAGUUCCUUCCAAUACUUGCAGGCCUCUGGCAAUUGCUAGUGCAGCUGAUUUGAUUGAGAGAACACCUCUCUUUGUAUCUUGACCACUCAUUUCCAAUUCAAAAUCUUUGGGUACAGUCCACCGUACCCAACUGUCUUUCUGCUUUAAUGUCACUUUUCCCCAUCUCUUCUGAUCAAGCACCCUCUUUUCUCCUUUCAGGUUAAUCAGCAUUAAAUACUGGGGAAUCUCCUCAACAUCCCAUGUAAGAAAAAAGUAAUACCUGCUUGCUUGUGUCUCUUUUCUGCAGUGUCCCUGUCCCCACUAGCUGGUAUCCCGCUCAACUAAAUGAUUCCCCAGAGGGUUUCUGUUUCUGAUAAACUGAAAAUGCCAUAUGUUUUCUGGGUUUUGUUUAGUUUAUCUUGGCCACCUACUGUCCCAGUUUCAUGACAGGCAUCCUCAUAUAAAUUUGUUCCCUACUGUCAAUAAUUUAUAUUCCUUUGUAUUGUCUCCUCCAGGAUUAUUUUUUCAUCUUCUGAAGGAUUAUUGAGGUUACAGAGAGAUUUGAGUAGGGACUGUGGUUUUGUAGUGUGUGUGUUUGAUGUCUAUGAUCCACAACAGAAGCCCUUGUAAGCUGUUGCACCUACAGAUGUUACCUGCAGUGUGACCUGUGUUGUCCCCCAAGCCUGUCCUCUGUGCUGUCAUUUGUGGGAGGUCUGCAUGCUCUGUCACUUUAGAUUUCCUAAAUAACCUUUCAUGACUAAAUUUUUUUAUUAUUUUAUUCUUUUUACUUUGGACUCUCAGGACUAGUUUCUUUAUUUUGUGUGUUGGAAAUCCCCCACUAUAAAACUUAGUGUUGUGGUGUGUCUGUGCUUUCUGACCCUUGCCCUUUCCUCUGAAGGCACAGUAACUGGUGCUGCGUAAUGGCCCCUCACAUCGUUUGAAGCUGGUCCUUCUGAAGAGUCAAGGCAGGGUGUUUCCCUUGUCCCCCUGUGCUCAUGUUGGUUAAUCAUCUGGGACUCCUCUAGCAGCGUAGUUCUGGUAAGGAUACUGAACCAGUUUUAGCUGCAGACACUGCUCAUUUCUCAGAGUUAGCUGCUUCUUUGAAUUCUUUUCCUGCUUAAUGUGAUGGUUUUGAUAAAAAGCCAUGGUCCUCACAGGGACCACUGAUGGCCUUUGUGUCUCAGGAUUUCCUCAUUUCCUCUAACAGAGUUGUGGAACAAAGUCAGUUUAGUAGAGAGAGGCAGAGGAAAUGUACCUGUGCUGCUGGUCUGGGGGUGAGGGGAGCUGGUAAUGCUGAGGAGCCAAUAUGGGUUGGAGGCAGCCCUGGGCAUUGCUGCCCCCUUCCCACUGGUCCCCCUCUCUGCAGAGAGGUGGAACAGAACAUUUCAUGUAGGAAGACAUGAGGGACUGCUGUUAUCUUGGCUUCUUUCUUCUUCCUCCUUGUGCCCUCUGCCUGUCUCCUUGUUUCUGCCCCCAAACUGGGGAGAGCUCCAGCCACCUUUCCGGAGGGGCUGCUUCCUGAGCCGGAGUGUGGUGUGGAGGAUCGGCAAGGCAGCAGCACAGACUCUGUGUUCCCUGGCCAAGCACAGGGCUGAAGUUUUGUGUAGCUGUGCAGCACUGACACUCACAGGAAUGGCUGCUUGCUGUGAAACUGCAAAGGUCAGGAGCAACACAACUGGGCUUCCCUCACUUACCAAAAAUGCUGUUGGCCAGAGGCAAGCAACAACUCUCUUUGCUUAAGCCAUAGCAGGAUAGGCUCAGCUGCAGCUUUGGAACUUAGUAGUAACUCCUCCUGAUUUUAUUUUUUUUUUCCUUCUUGUUUCCCCAGUUACAGAAGAAGGCAGAAAUAAUUCAGUCUCCAGUAGAAGAUGUCUUUGGCAGAAGUUAGAUGAUAGUUUUGGUAGUUUUACUUGCUAUGGAGUAAGUUGUAGUUGCUUGUGGCUACUGCAGAGCAGCCUCUGAGUUCAGGGAAGUGAUGAGGCUUUUCUGUUAUUCUGAAAUGGCAGGAUUACAGUUUCUCACUAGGCUCUUUUAUUUGAAAGUAUUUCUGAAAGUGCAUAGUAUUUCCAAGGUUUGGGGAGGGGACCCUAAAAAUGUAUGUCUUCCUUCUAGCUUCUUUAAUUAGCCCAGCAAAGUUUUUCCUUUAAACUGCCACCUUGUUGGGUUUUUCUUAACAUGUGUCGGGGGAAAAACCAAAGUGCUUGCAGACCUCCCUGCCUUGAAGAGUAUUUGGCACACAUUACACUGUCUUGUUGAUUUUCCUGGAGUAAAAACCCUUUUGCCCCUGUCAGCAAAAUGCCAUAUUAAUUCAGAAAACACGCGUCAUAGAAAAAUAUGUUAAGAAGUACCAAACAUUAAUAUCAAAUUCAUGCAAAGUUAUUUGUGGGUUUUGAGGUAUGUUCUCCAGACCCAAAAUGUUGGGAGGUGUUUGAUAAGACAAGUCUUCUUGCAAGGUGUCCAGCUGCUGAUUCCCAGAGCCUGCAUGCAGGAUCUUCCUGCCCUGUGUCUCUACAGGGCAAAGUAGGAACUGCCAGUUCCAGUAGGAACACACACGGUGUGUGUGCUUCCUCAGCUUACUUUAUUAAAUAUUGCAUCCUUGGAUGCUGGUUGUAUAGGGAAAUGCAGUUCUGGUCUGGGGUAUGUAUGUGUGGUGUGGUUUGGGUUUUUUCCCACAUAUUCUCUCAAGUAUCAGACCUAAUGGCAGCCUCACAUCAAACUGCCAUGGCAUAAAAGAUAGAGGGAACUGCAAUGUUUCCGAGGCGUGCUUUGUGCUGGAGAAAUUGGCUGUGGUCAACAUUGGUCCUCUUGGCUGAGCUGGGCCACAUUCCUCCUCUAACCACAGCUCCUUCUGUUCUCUUUGGCUCGUCUGUCUGUGCAUCUCCUUUCCCUUCCCUCUCUGUGAUCCCUUUCUGGAUCAGCCCAAGUCACCUUGGCUGUGGCAGGGUGCUCAUAGCAAGGGUCUUUGGUGUGACCACGCAUCGUGGCGGUGACGGCGCGAUUCAAAUCUAUGCCAGUGUGUGGCAGGCGGUGGCAGCCUGGGAAGCAGGCUGUCCUACCAUUAAACCCCAGUGAUGCAUGCUUGGCUUUUACCAGGGAGGUUUCUUCCAGCCCUUUGCUCAAGCUUUCCUUUGAAACAUCCUUCCCAGCCACAAAUCAGUAGGCAGUGCAUUUCUGUGGGAUGCAGACGUGCAAACAAGAGAUGUCUGCUCCAGCUCUGCUGCCUGGAGUAGGGAUGCUGUGGUGAGGGCUUGCAGGGUGCCUUAGGGAGAGCUUUUCCUAAUUAUCCCAGUCUCCAUCUAACUGCUCUGGGAACUGCAGAGUUGAUAUCUGGGAGAUGUCAAAGCCAAGUGGAGUGGUAAUGGGAAAGUGUAAUCAUGGGAUUGACUGUGAUUUUUUUGCUAUCUGCAAGUCAGUGUAGCUUGUGGGCUGUGUGCCCAGUAUGGACUGGGCUGGGAAAGAUGCAGAGAAGUCAUGUUACAUGGGUACCAGUGAAGCUGUGCAGGGACUGCCUCUGAAAGGCAUGCAGAAAGCUGGGAUUGUUUUUUCAGCUUGCUGGAUGGAUCCACUGACAGACAUAUGAUUCCACAUGUGGUGGUUUGCUGCUCCGCCAGGUCAGUGGGCUUACUUUUCCAUCUGUGAGGUGAGAAGGAAAAGUCUUGAGAGCUGGGGAAGCAGGGCAGAAGAGUGUGGGCCAGAAUGUUUUGGGUCACAGUUAGGAUAACUCAGCAGUGAAUGGAUACCUCCGUGGUGUCAAAUUUAAGAUACUCUAAAUGUUGUGUUUUCUAUUAAGCACAAGUUAGGACUUUGCUGUUCUGAAUCCUUAGGUUUAUUCCUGUUGCCAUUUUCUCUUAACAUUUGGUUUUAUGGUUCCUGAUUCCGGAAGACGAUGGCUUUAUGGUCUUUACAUUUGUCCUUGGGCCACCUGUGAGCUGCCUGGACCUAAUCAGCUCAUGGCUUUGAUGGAUUUUCUCUUAAGUAAAGUCGUGCAAAAACUGGGAAGUGCAGCAUCAGAACUUUUCAAUUUGGACCACUUCCAGUCCUGACAUCCAGAAACUCAUCCCUAUGGGUGGCAAAGACAAAGAGGCUGGAUGCAAAGGAGGAAGCAUGGUAAAGGCAGCAUCUUUCCAGGAUUCAUGGGCUCUUUGAGAGAUGAUCAGAGGGAGGCCAGAUGAUCUGCACAACACACACACCACUGUUUCUCGUCUGCAAAGGCAGCAUCGCAGCGUUCUCCCCAGCCCAGCACCACCCGGCUUGCCCGAUCGUUUCCGGAUGUUUCGCAGCUGCGAGUGGGAAGUCCUGGAGCGAUCCCUCAAUAUCCUCCAGGCCAGUGACUUCUACUGGGGCCCCCUGUCUGUGGGGGAGGCUCACGCCAAGCUCCAGCGGGAGCCUGUAGGCACCUACUUGGUGCGGGACAGCUCGCAGGGGAACUGCUUGUUCAGCCUGAGCGUGCGGAUGCCCACGGGCCCCGUCAGCCUUCGAAUCUCUUUUCAGGAGGGCUAUUUCCGCCUCAAGAACUGGUUUUCAGACUGUGUGGUCCAGCUGCUGGAGCUGGUGGUGGCGGGGACCCGGAACAACCCCUUGCACUUUGAUGAGAUGGGGGGAACUCCCCUGGUCUUCUCUGAGCCCUUGUGCCGGAGCCGCCGGACAGUGCCCACGCUGCGAGAAUUGUGCUGCCGGAGCCUCCCUGCUGGUGCCGUGAUGGAGGGCAGAGCAGGGCUAGGGGGCUCCCUGGGGAUGUGUCUGAGGGAAGAGGUGUUCUCACCCCUGGACAGAAGGGGAGGGUCAGAGGGGAGUGAUGGCCCCAGCCCCUCUCUGUCCUGGGCUGGGAGAUGAUGCCAUGCAUAUGGGAGAUGAAGCGAGAUGCCUCUUUUAUGGCUGCACUGGUGGGAUAUGUGCCACACCAGUGGGGCAGGACUGGCUGCUGGGAGAGAAAGGGGGAGGGCAGAGGGACUAGAGCUUGAACCCAGUGGCUGUGACAGAUGAGUCCUCAUACAUACACAGUGAGCGUGACUUUCCCCAGACAUGCCUGGGGUAAAGCCAGACUCGAAGAGCAGGCAUUUCCACUGCCACCAAGUCUUGCUCUUUGCUCCAUUUAUAACUUAAAAGCUUCAGGAAAAGGUGAAUUGCCUGUCCUCCCAGGUCAGCCCUAUGUUCUCUUCAACCCCUAAGUGCUUGAGCUCAUUUCUGCCUCAAAACUACCCUUGUGGAGUGCAGCUGAGUCCAGUCCCACAGCAGUGCAGCUUGGAUAUCGAUGGGCAUGACCCUUGUGCUGACCCACCGAGCUGUGGUGGAGCAAGAGCACAUUUCACUUCUUGCAGCACAAAUGUGAUGCCUGUUACUUCAGAGGCCGGUGUCGGGCACAAAGUGAAACCAUUGCAGCCGUGUACGAUACAUGCAGCUUCACUGGCUUUUGCAUUGCUUCAUUUGAUUGGAUUUUUGAGAGUGAAGAUGGGUUAUGCUGUACUUAAGGGCAUGGCAUUCCUGCAGAGAUAACCCUGAUCUGGAGAGUUGUAUCUGCCCUGGGAGGGUGUGAAGAGAUGAUAUCCUGCACCCUUUCUUAAGCUCAUCUGAUAGUGUGCUGCUGCCAUCUGUCGAGCAUCAGAAGAUGUUUUGGUUUUGCCUCUGAAAA